UCAUGGAGACAGACGGAGUGGGCACACGUGUGAAGAGUGUGGAAGCGUGCGGGGUUCUGGGCUCAGGGGCGUGACGUUGGAGUGAUACCCCUUUGGUUUCCUCAUUUCGCAUCUCUCUCUUUCUCUCUGAUCUACCUUCCUUCCGUUCCUUUUGACCCACCCACCCUCUCUCUCUCUCUCUCUCUCUCUCUCCAAUGUCCUUCACACUCUUCAAACACUUGCUUUCUCCCUGAGAUUCUCCCUUCAAUUCCCACGCAAAACCCUCUCUCCUCCUUCUUCCUUAGUCUUAGGGUGCAAAAUGAAGUCCUCUCUCAGCAAGUUGAGGAAAAUUGCACUUCACAAGAGCGUUCCCAAGGACAAGAAAGACUUUCACCCCUCCGUUAAGUUCGACGACCUCGCUCUCGCCGCCAAGGACAUGCAAGAUAUGAGAGAUUGCUAUGAUAGCUUGCUUUCUGCAGCUGCUGCUACACAAAACAGUGCUUACGAAUUUGCUGAGUCGCUGCAAGAAAUGGGUACUUGUCUGCUCGAGAAAACUGCCUUAAAUGAUGAUGAAGAAAGUGGUAAAGUUUUGGGGAUGCUUGGAAGUGUGCAGCUUGAACUUCAGAAGCUUGUUGAUAGCUAUCGUUCUCACAUAGUAAUGACAAUAACCAAUCCGUCAGAGUCUCUUCUUAAUGAACUAAGAACUGUUGAGGACAUGAAGCGGCAAUGUGAUGAAAAAAGAGAUGUAUAUGAAUACAUGAUUGCCCAACAGAAAGAGAAAGGAAAGUCAAAAAGUAGCAAAGGUGAAAGUUUCACUUUACAGCAGUUACAAGCAGCUCAUGAUGAAUACGAAGAGGAAGCAACACUCUGUGCUUUUCGGUUGAAGUCCCUGAAACAAGGCCAGUCACGUAGUCUCCUAACACAAGCAGCUCGUCACCAUGCUGCUCAGUUGAAUUUUUUUCGGAAAGGACUUAAAUCACUAGAGGCUGUUGAACCACAUGUUAGGAUGGUUGCUGAACAGCAACAUAUUGAUUACCAAUUCAGUGGCCUUGAGGAUGGUAAUAAUGACGAUGAAAAUGACUUUGAGGUCAUUGAAGGUGGUGAGUUAAGUUUUGACUACAGAUCAAAUAAGCAAGGGUCAUAUAUUGUUUCCACAUCACCAAACUCAGCAGAGGUUGAAGAAUCGGGUUGUUCAUAUGUUCAAUCUUCAGCCACAGAAACUGCAGAGACAAGUUUAGACAAGAACCAAGGAGAAUUUAAAGUCUCAAAUAGAGAUCCUAGAGUCAGCAGUUAUUCAGCUCCAAUAAUUGCAGAAAAGAAAUUUGAUCCUGCUGAAAAAGUAAGACAAAUGUUAUCAUCAACUGCAGCAAAGUCCAAUGCGUAUGUACUUCCAACACCUGUACACAACAAAGAAACAAAAACUAGCUCAGCUCCCCGCACGAGUGCAAGUGGAUCUUUGCAUAAUUUGUGGCAUUCUUCACCUUUGGAUGAAAAAAAGAAUGAAAAAGAUUUUGUUGAUAGUAAAUUGUCAGAACCAACUAUCCCUAGAGCUCACUCUGUUCUCAAAGAAAGCAACAGUGAUACUUCAUCCACCCAGUUACCACGCCCCUCAGCAGAGGGACUAUCACUUCCACAAGUUGAUCUUUUCAGUGCUUCUGAUACAAAGAAAAUAAAAAGACAAGCUUUUUCUGGUCCAUUGAGUAAUAAGCUACUAUCAGUAAAACCUGUUUCUGGAGGUUUUCCACGUUUACCGGUGCCCCAGCCUUCAUCUCCAAAAGCAUCUCCUAGUGCUUCACCUCCCCUUGUUUCUUCACCUAGGAUAAGUGAGCUUCACGAGCUUCCUAGACCCCCUGGCAAUCAGUCCAGCAAGCCAAUGAAAUCUUCUCGAGUUGGUCACUCUGCUCCAUUAGUAUUCAGAAAUCCAGAGCAUGCUGCGACUAGUAAAUUUCCUACAGUUGUAUCCAGUACAGCAUCUCCACUUCCAACUCCACCUAUAAUUGUCUCUCGAAGUUUUUCUAUACCCUCUAGUAGUCAGAGAGCUAUGGCAUUGAAUGUUUCUAAUACUAAGUAUUUGGAUACACCCCAAGUUCCAGAGAAGGUCGAAGAAGCUACAUCACCUCCACUAACUCCUAUAUCCCAGAGAGCAUCAAAUAUAUCUGACCUGGCUUCUCACUCUAGUGAAAUCCGAGGUGGGAGAUAAAUCUCAUACUGAAUCUGAGUUCUGCUGAAUGAUUCGUAGUUCAAGUGUCUUUAUUCUAUGGUUGUGGGAGCUAAAUCACUCGCGUUGUGGAGUUACAGGGUUUUGCCCAGCAAAAUGUUCAGGCAAAUAUAUGUAAAUAUGCUGUUUAUGUAUUGUUUAGCUUCUCAUCUCAAUUUGUAUCUAUUAUUUUUACUUUAACUAGUGAUGAUGGGAACUAAACUCUACAUGAUUGUCAUUAUAAUGUGUUGUGUACAUAUUCGGAUGAAAAAUUUUGUUCACCUCCCCACGCAAGUCCAACUUGAACCUCUUCAACGAUGAAAGAAAUUUAGCAACAGAAUGAGAUGCUUAUCCCAUUUAUUUUCAACAAAUUUCCAGCUGCUCGAAUUUUGAACACAUUUGCCUGAAUUUGGGUACUGAUUUCUGUAUUAUUAUUAUUAUUGGGCUUAAUUACAUUUUAUGUCUCCAAUUUGUU